AUGAAGAGGAGUAGAGAAGAAGAAGCUGAUCAGAACAUGAAAAGCAUGGCGAUUUCUUUGAUGUUACUCUCUAAUGGAGGUGGAGGCGCAUUUGAUUCAGUCGUUGACAGCUCCGGCGCCGCUCGUGUUUUCGAGUGCAAGACAUGUAACAGGCAGUUCCAGUCGUUCCAGGCGCUCGGCGGUCACCGGGCCAGCCACAAGAAGCAGAGACUGAUGGAAGAACAACAUUCCGGCGGGUCGAGGACAUAUCCGGCGAAGCCCAAAACGCAUGAGUGCCCUGUUUGUGGGAUAGAAUUCGCCAUUGGGCAAGCUCUUGGAGGGCACAUGAGGCGGCACAGAACGGCUGCCGUUAAUGAAAACAACCAACAGCCGCCGUCACCCGCCUUGUCUUUGUCUCUUCCACGUCCUCAUCCUAUUGUGAAGAGAUCGAAUAGCAGGAGGGUAUUCUGUUUGGAUUUGAAUCUGACCCCAUCGGAGAACAAAUUUCUUAUGUUAGGCAACAUGGCUCCUGCUGUUGAUUGUUUUUUCUGA